CGGAAUGGAUAAGAUCUUGCUUUGGAGUAUCCUGUUGGCUUUCGCUGGAAGUCAAGACUCCAGACCCCUGGCUCAAGAAAAUACCGAAUUUGCAGUGGGUCUUUAUCAAGCGGUUUCCUUAUCUCAUAAGAACAAUGUUGUUUUUUCUCCCCUUGGAAUAACUUUGAUUCUUGGAAUGAUUCAACUGGGAGCAAAAGGAAAAGCCCAACAGCAGCUAAGAGAAACUUUAAGACUACAGGAAACUUCUGCGGGAGAAGAACUUUCGGUACUGAAGUCGUUCUUCUCUGCCAUCUCAGAGAAAAAACAAGAAUUUACAUUUAAUCUUGCCAGUGCCCUCUACCUUCAAGAAGGAUUUGCUGUGAAAGAACAGUAUCUCCAUGACAACGAGGAAUUUUUUCAGAGUGCUAUAAAACUGGUGGAUUUUCAGGAGGCAAAGGCUUGUGCGGAGAUGAUAAGUACCUGGGUAGAAAGCAAAACAGAUGGAAAAAUUAGAGAUAUGUUUUCAGGGGAAGAAUUUGGCCCUUUGACCCGGCUAGUCCUGGUGAAUGCUAUUUACUUCAAGGGGGAUUGGAAACAGAAAUUCAGAAGAGAGGACACACAGCUGAUGAAUUUCACUAAGACAGAUGGUUCUUCCGUCCAGAUUCCGAUGAUGAAGGCUCUUCUAAGAACAAAACACGGUCAUUUUUCUGAGUCUUCCAUGAACUACCAGGUUUUGGAAUUGCCUUAUAAAGGCGGCAAGUUUAGUUUGAUUGUAAUACUUCCUGCAGAAGACAUGGACAUAGAGGUAGCAGAAAAACUAGUGACGGCCCCACAGAUCCGGAACUGGGUCUCCAAGAUGCAGGAAGAGGAAGUGGAAAUUAGCCUCCCCAGAUUUAAAGUAGAACAAAAAUUAGACUUCAAAAAAGCUUUGUAUUCUUUGAACCUAACUGAGAUAUUUAGACACGGCUGUGACCUUUCUGGAAUAACAGAUUCAUCCGACGUGUAUGUUUCCCAAGUCACGCAGAAAGUUUCCUUUGAGAUCAAUGAAGACGGCAGUGAAGCUGCUACAUUGACUGGCAUGCAUGUCCCUGUGAUCAUGAGUCUGGUUCAAAACCAGUUCGUAGCAAAUCAUCCAUUUCUGUUCAUUAUGAAGGAUAACCCAACAGAAUCAAUUUUGUUUAUGGGAAGAGUGACAGAUCCUGACACCCAAAAGAUGAAAGGAAGAGAUUUAGAUUCACUGUGAAUGAAAAGCACAGCCUGGAAUAAAAGAUGAUUCCUACAGAAUAAUUGAUUGGCAAAAUAUCGCCAUCUUGAAGAUAUUUUCUAUAUAUCUGAUUUCUUUUCUGUUUUGAACAGUGCCUGUAUUAAUAUGUAUUAACCGAGAACUGCAUUGAUUAAUAAGUAAAGUUAGAUAUGCAUCUGUUUC